CUAAUUAUUCUUUUCUUAUCCUUAUUGAACAUGUUGCACUGUGCUGAAUUACUUGUUUUAAGAUAAUCUGUAUGUAUUUACUUAUUUCUGACCAUUGUGUUUACUUUAUUUACUGCCUUCAGUCUGCAUGUUUAAUCUGUUAAUAGAUCUUUCCAAGUUCUUAAAAGAUAGUUUCCAUUUUUCCGAUUUGGUGUCUAAGAAGUUUAAUACCCGUAAACAGUUAAACAUAAGUUUGUGUCUGCAAAUGUGUUAUUUCCUGCUGCAGCUUUAAAAUAAACUAAGUUGAUGAGCGUCUAAAUGGCAGCCAUCAAUGUGCUAACCACGUUAUUUCUCUCGUCAUUGUGGGUUAAAACCUCCAGAGCUCUGCUGCUGCUGUUCAACACUUUCUCAUCAAACACUUCCUCAUCAUUUCACAGAAAAACACUUCAGAUGUUUAACUGGGAACAAGCAGGUUUUUUAAGAGUAAAAUACAACCUCACAAAUUUCAGAUGCUGGUCUUCUUCCUCUUUUGAAGACUUCUUGCAUGUCAUCCUCUGUUAUGUCAUUUAAUGGGGCUGAACAAAAUGUCCUCCUGGUGUUACCAUUGAUUUUAGUCAAAGCAUCUUGUUGCUCUUAAUAUGGAUCUUGAUAAUAAUGCAUUAAAAGUAAUAAGCGAUAAUCAAGUCCUAAAUGCUUAAUUAAAUCAACUAGAUGAUUUGACCAAAUAGAGCAAUAAGCUGACCAUCAGUCAGUGUGAGGAAGUGGUGAGUCUCAGGAAGUAGAAGCUGCAUCUGUGUUCAGGAGGCAGUCAGACAGUUCUCAGUGUGACAGCAACAGACGCACAAUGGCUCAACUCAGAUGGAUUCAAGGGUUUUUAUUAAUGAUCCUGCAGCUCACAGGUAGGAAGACAGAAAACAUCUGUAUAGAGUUAUAACUGAUAGAUCUGCUGCAUUCACUGAGUUUGUGUUCAGGUUUAAUAUUUCAGGUCCUGUUUUAUCUUCUAACAGUCUCUGCAAAUAAAACAUCUGUUUUAAUGAGAGCUGGAGAUAAAGUCACAUUGAGAUGUUCUUAAGUGAUCGAUGGUCAACAGAAGUGUAACGGUACUACAUGGAUGUUCGCUGGUUCAGGAAGCAGAGCAGCAGUAGAACUGGUUAAACUGGGUCAGAUUGGUCAGAAUGACAACCAUCUGCUCAUCAUUAACCCUUAAACUCUUUAGAGCUCCUGUUCACAUUCUCACAGAACAUUUCCCUUUUAGUUCUCAGAAAUAAACCCUUCAGUGGUACCAUGAGGAACUAAUGGGUCUGAGAUCAGUUUAACCUCUUAACUACAUCAUGGAGGUGAGAAGAGGAACUGGACAUUCACACCUUUGUCUUCUUCCUCUCUUUAACACCUCAUUGUCAGAAACCUUAAUGUUUACAGUCUGUUGCUGUUCACUCUGAACGUUUUGCUGUUUAAACAGAGAAGACAUUCAUUUUAAAAGUUAUAUUUCUGUAAUCCUUGAACCUUUGGACCAUUCUGUAUAAUCAGUUCAGGUUGCUGUGACCUCUGACAGGACUGACUGCAUUUCCACCAUGUCUAAACUAGAUUAGGUUAAAAAAAACCCUAACCAUCAGUCAGUUUAAGGAAGUUAGGCGACGUCAUGCGAGUCAGAGGAAGUAGAUGCUCCAUUUCUCUACCAGAGUCAGUCACACAGCAGGAGGACUGAGAACAAGAGACGCUCGAUGGCUGAAUUCAGCUGGAUUACAAUGUUUUUCUUACUGAUGCGAACCUUUACAGCAGCAGCAGCUCAACAAAGGUCUGAUGUUGUUGUCAGAGAUGGAGAUGAAGUCACUCUGCCUGCUGAAUGUUUUAGAAACAUGAUGAAAACCUGUGAGAAAACUACCUGGUUAUUCACUGGUCAAAGACAUACAGCAGAAACACUGUUUGAAGAUGGAAAGUUUCAACAAGAUGCCAGAACUAAACCAGACAGACUGAAUGUUACAGCAAACUGUUCUCUGGUUAUAAAGAAGGUCUCAGUGGAGGAUGUUGGUCGUUACAUCUGCAGACAGUUUGAUGCAUCAGAAAAACAACAAGGAUCAGACUCCGAUGUCUAUCUGUCUGUUAUUAACAUUUCUGAACAGAAGAACAGUGAUGAAACCAUCCUGAUCUGCUCUGUGUUGACAUAUGGAGGAUGUUCACACACAGUGAAGUGGCUGUAUGAUAACAAAGAUGCUGAAAAUAUCAAAAUAAAUCCACUUCAGUCUGUCUGUUCAGCCAGUGUGAGCUUCCCAACUUCUCCUCAUGUUUUAACAUCUAAGAGAUCUGAGGUGUUCAGGUGUCAAGUUAAACCUAACAGAGGAGAUAUGAAGGAGUUUACCUUCAGGAUUUCACCUCUGAGAGAUAAACCAGGUACGACACAACCAACUAAAGUGAUGCAAACUUCAACAACAACAACUAAAGCAACAACAACAACGACCACUACAGCAAAACCUACAUCAAAGAUGCCAACAGCAGAACCUGGAAAAAGAACAUCAAUCAAACCCACAACAGGAAGUGGUUUUUCAAACUCUAAAGACGUCUGGAAAACCAUUGCAGCAGCUGAAGUGUAG